CAGCCUAAGAAAAAUGGCCGACGUAAUGAAUGUGGGAGUGAAUUUAGAAGCAUUUUCGCAAGCAAUAAAUGCCAUUCAGGCGCUCCGUUCAAGUGUAACUCGGGUUUUCGACACUUUGAAAGAUGGAAUGAAAAAUAAAGAAACCCUGGAAGGGCGGGAAAAGGUGUUUAUCACAGAGUUUCAAGACAAUCUGCAGGCAGUGAACCGCGACCUGAAUGAGUUGGAACGGCUUAGCAACCUGGUUGGCCGACCUUCUGAAAGUCAUCCUCUUCACAACAGUGGUUUGCUGAGUUUGGAUCCAGUUCAGGACAAGACUCCACUCUAUAGCCAACUACUACAGGCUUACAAAUGGUCAAAUAAGUUACAGUAUCAUGCCGGUCUUGCUUCCAGUCUUCUCAACCAGCAGUCGCUCAAGCGCUCGGCUAAUCAGAUGGGAGCCUCUGCCAAGAGACGACCCAAAGUCCAGCCCAGCACCCUUGUCCUGCCACCACAGUAUGUGGAUGAUGUGAUAUCAAGAAUUGGCCGAAUGUUUCCUGAUAUGUCAAUUGAACUCUUUCGACCCAACGGGACAUCAGCAGUGCUUCUGGUGACUUUGGGGAAAGUGCUAAAAGCUGUUGUGGUGAUGCGGAGCCUGUUUAUAGACCGGACUAUUGUAAGGGCAUUCAACGAGAACAUAUACACAGAGGAUGGUAAGCUUGACAUCUGGUCGAAGUCCAACUACCAAGUGUUUCAGAAGGUCACAGAUCAUGCCACUACUGCUCUGCUGCACUAUCAGCUCCCCCAGAUGCCCGAUGUUGUGGUACGGUCUUUCAUGACCUGGCUGCGAAGCUACAUCAAGCUGUUCCAAACACCUUGUCAGCGCUGUGGGCGAUACCUGCAGGAUGGCCUACCUCCAACCUGGAGGGACUUCCGCACACUGGAGGCUUUCCAUGAUAGCUGCAGGCAGUGAAGAAUGCCAGGGGUGAUCACAUGGGCCACACGUGAUUGGACUAAUCACAUUAGUCUAAUACAUGGUCUGAUUACUACUUUGGUUGAUGGGGAAAUUGUGUUGUUGAUUUCUCAACAUGUAAUAUGUCUGCCAAGCUCAAGAGAACAGGUUGUACAUUGUGAACAGUUAAUAAGACAUUUACAAAUACAGGUCUCUGUCUACUCAGCAUUUAAGAAGUUAUUUGAAAACCCUUAAAGCUCACAACAUUGAGUUUGCUACUCAACUAUGGUCUUUGUAGGACUAGUUGAUGUUUGCAUUUUUUGUUUUACUUUCACUCAACAUGUAUUGCAU